CGGGUUGGUGGAUGAAGCACAGGACUGGAGGCACUUGAGAAGACCUCAGGCAAUGUGACGAGGCGACAUACGACUACUUUCGGGAGAAGCUACGCAUGUCGCCGCGAGUGUUCCGGGAAAUUAUGGAGGCAUGUGCGCCUCAUCUUCAGUGGCGGGUGACGUUCUACAAGGAGCCUUUGCAGCCAGACCAGAUUGUGGUGUACGCACUAUACGGGUGGGCGUCGGGGGAGACGUAUGAGAGCAGCACGUGCAACUUCGGAAUUGACAGAGCUUCUUGCCUGGUUGUUGUCCGUGACGUGACUGCCGCGCUGCUUCGGGUGUACAAAGAGAAGAUUGCCUGGCCGACUGGAGUUCGCAAGCUCGUCGUUCUUCGGGCGUUCGCUGAUAAAGGGUUCCUCAAUUGCCACGGUUGGAUUGACUGUACUCACAUCUACGCGGACAAGCCAGUGAAUGCCCCGAGCGAAAACAACUAUGACAGGAAGCGUCGUUUCUCCAUCGUCUCGCAGGUUGUUGUCGACCUCGACUUUCGUGUAGUCGAUGUACACAUGGGAUACCCGGGUAGCUGCCACGACAUCAAGGUGGUCCAGUUGUCCAGCCUCUGGCAGCGCGCGGAGUCAGGAUCGUUGUUCCUUGGUCCCCCUGUGACACCCCCGUUUGGGGUGCGGACGAACGACUACAUUUUGGCAGAUAAUGGCUACCCCCGUUCAGAAUGGAUGACCGUCCCGUAUGGAGGCGUCAAUCAGCAUGUCGACGAGGAGCGGUUUGACAACAAGCAGAAGGUGGCGAGGGGAGCAGUGGAGAGGGUAUUUGGCAGGCUAAAGGGCAUGUGGCGGUUGUUUCUGCGGACGCACAAGACGAACUUGGACACGCUCCUGCAGCAGUUCACUGUCGUCUGUAUACUGCACAAAAUACCAAGUCUUAUCGACGUCGGAAUUCCAUUCGACGAAAAUCUGCUUUGGGAGGUGGAGUCCGACGCUAAUGGUGUGUGACGACGUGUGGACCUGGGGAUUCAAGAUCCCCUUCAACUUGUUUCGAUGAUUACUUCGACAAGACGAAGCGCUGAUCCUGGGGGAUGCUCUGACAGAACGAAUGAAACACAAUCGAGUCA